AUGGCGACGACUACCACAACAGGAGAAAUAAGGGUUGGUCCUGCGAGUCAGGUAAAAGACAUUUAUGCUCGAUUACCGGAGUACAGACCCGGAGUACCACCGGAGCAGUUAUCUCCAGACCCGGAAAACUCUAAAACAAGAGAGGAAUUAAGAUGGGUACCGGCAAUGACGAUGGACAGUGACUUAAUAAUGUAUUUAAGAGCCGCAAGAAGCAUGGCCGCCUUCGCUGGUAUGUGCGACGGCGGAUGCCCGGAAGAUGGCGCCAACGCUGCUUCAAGGGACGAUACUACAAUCAAUGCUUUGGAUGUGCUACAUGAUUCAGGGUACAAACCCAAGGAAAGCCUUACAAGCUCUAGUAAAAUGUCCUGCUCCUAAGGGAAUCGAUAAAAAAAUGGUCGGAGGAAGAAACCAAGAGAUUUGUUAAAGGUUUAAGGCAAUUUGGGAAGAAUUUCUUCAGAAUCAGAAAGGAUCUUUUACCACAUAGAGAUACGCCGGAAUUGGUGGAAUUCUACUAUCUUUGGAAAAAAACACCGGGAGCGAAUAACAACAGACCUCACAGAAGAAGAAGACAGGGCUCGUUGAGAAGAAUACGUAACACUAGAAAUAGCAGAGGAGGUAGGACAAGUGGAGGUGCGCCCCAACCAGAAGCCCCUUCCCCCCAACCUGGGGGGAAAGAGCCAGGGGAGACAAGUUCCGUUACCGAGGAUGACAAUUCCGAAGAUGACAGUGACAGUAGAGAGGCACAGUACAGGUGUUCUCACUGCUUUACUACUAAUUCUAAAGAUUGGCAACCUGGAGGUAAGAAUGGACAACUUUUGUGUUGGGACUGUAGAUCGCAUUACAAGAAGACAAAUGAAUUACCGCCUGUGGUUGCGCCCUCUGGAGGGACUAAUGGAAAUACCGCACCAGCUGAGAGCCCAGACGCGUCCCCGCAGCGCAUGCGCACUCGGAACAAGGCGGCGAAAGAACAGCCCACUAAACCUUCUCGGCCAAAAAGAGGAGGCACCGAAACCCCGGAACCGAAAACGCCCGUCAAACAAUCCACGAACAGUUCGAACAACUCUUCUUCCGGUGAAAAAGGUUCCGGCAACAACAGCUCGAGCACGCCGGCGAAAACGAAGAAGACCAAGGAGAAGAAGGGCGAAGAAACGCCCGGCAAGAACAGAAAAAGGCAGCAAGAGAAGGUCGAGGACGAAGAAAAGGAGGAAAAAGAUCUUGGGGUGGUCAAAAAGAAGAGGGAAAGGCCCGAAAGCCCUUCGAGCCUUACUACAGAUUCAGAAACUAUUAAUGACGAACCUGACGCACCAGAACCGGACUCCGAAUCUCUGGACAACUCGGCAACGCCGCAAGCGAGCUCGCCACCUACGUUCGGCAACGGCGCGGCGAGUGCUAACCUGACAACGCCGCCUGUCGUCGCCGCAGCCAAUAACAACAAUCCGCUGCCGCAAGACACGCCCACAAAUAAACAAAACGCAGUGAAGGUGGAAGUUAGCGAGACUAUCGAGAGAGGCGCUGACGAGAAAAUGGCAACGCCGCAGGUGCCUGCGGUGUUGCCGCUUAUACCCAUAAACAAGCCCAUUUCAGAACCGACUGCGCCAUUGAACGUUUCGAUUCGUCUGCCUGAAGAUAUUAACGAUAGAAAGAACUUAAUAAAACGUAAUUUAGAACCGGUUUUGGACCUGAAAGAUCUGAAAUUCAACCCAGAAAGCGUAAAGAUGGAAGUCAAGAAAGAAAAUCCUGCCAUCAUCAAGUCUGAAAGUCAACCUAAGAUUGAAAAGGAGAUUCUAAAAGAAGACAUCAAAGAAUCGUCGAGUGAAAAAUACAAAACUGAGUUGAUAAUUCCUAAAGUAAUAUCAAUGGAAAAAGUAAUAAUCAAAGAAGAGUUAGAUUCUAGCAAUGACGCCAUCAGCGUCAACUCAAAAGAAGAUUCCACGAUGUUUAAAGAGAAUGUGUAUGGACCUUUGAAAGAUCAACAAAACAUGUUCAACAUCAAAGAUAUUAACCACGGUGCGCAAAAACACCCGUUGGGCCUAAAGGAACCGCAAAUAGAGCGAAACAUGGAGCAAAUCAUCAACAUUAAUCAUAGUCUGAAGCAAGAACCGUACAAUUUCAAUCAACCGCCGCCUUCCAGUAACCUUAACAAAGAAUCCGCUCAGCAACCAAUCAAAAUCGAGCCGCGCGACGAACCCAUCGAACUGACCAGUAACAGAGGCGGCGACGUGGCAACGCCGCUCAUUCAAGCGCCGCAACCGCAGCCCACUUUGAAUAUACCGCAGGUCGUGCCGCAGAGCCAGCAGAUGGCGUCGUCGGCUGGUAGUGUCGUGAACAGUGGUGGGGGUAACGUUAGAGGUGGCGCUGAUGGAGGUUACGAAGUGGAGGAUAAGAGGUUGGAGAGGUUGGACAGGCCUGAGAGGUUGGAUAGACCUGAGAGGCACGAUUUGAUGGCGGGUGCUACAAGUAUUGGUCAACCACCGCUCCCAAGCCUGAUGCAAUCCAGCAACCUGGUGACGAUAGGCGGCUCCGGCCAGCAACCGCCGCCCCCGCCGAUGGUUAUGCAGCAAAACGAACCGCAAAACCUGAAGAUCAAGCAGGAGGUGCGGGAUUCCUCGCCCCUCGGUGCGCCGCCGCCGGCGAGGGACGCGCACCUCGGCGUCAUGUCUUCGCCCUACGGGGGCGGGCAGAUGCCGCCGUCCGCGCAGCAAGCGGGCGCCAUGGGUUUGCCGCCGCCUCCGAGCGGUUUUCAGCCGCCUUCGGUGGGCGCGCAUCCGUUGCAACCGCCGCCACUGGCGGCCGAUCCGUUGCAGAGUCUCAAGGAUGUCAAGGUACCCGGCUAUCUGCCCCCACCCCCGCAACAACCGUCGAGCUCGGAGCGCCCUCUAUCCUCCAACAACCAAACGUCGACCCCCACCGCGGACGCCAUCAAAAAGGAACCGGAAUUCUCCCAGCACCACCACUCGCAAACGACGUCGUCGUCGUCGAACCCGUCGCCCGCGCAAUCGUCCUCGGAAAAGUGCACCACCCCCAAAACGACCAGCAGCACCCCCACGCCCAGCAUAAACGUCAGCCAGACGCCGCCGCUGCGAGGCAGCCCGCACAGCGCCAUCAACUUAAUCAGCCCCGGCGGCCCCCCCAUCAGCCUGGCGCAGAGCAUGCACCACGCCGGAUAUCCGGUCUCGAGCGGCAUGGGCCCGCCGCCGCACCUGGUUCACCCCGGGUUCCUGCACGCCAUGCACCAGUUCCACGGGCACGGGUAUCCGGGCUACGCGUUCGGAUAUCCGUAUCCGUAUCCGGUGCACCAGCCGAUCCCGCCGCCGAGCAGCAGGCAGGACGUGGUCAUGCAGCCGAAAAGUAUCGACACUUUGAGCAGUACUCUGCACUCUUCGCAGCAUAGCACUACGAGUUCGUUGACUACCAAACGGGAGACUAGGGAACCUGUCGACGACGGCAGCGAGCGCCACCAGACGCACGAAAUGACGCUGACGAACCACCAGAGCACGUCUCACAACAGCUCGAUACACGCGAGCAUGGAAAAGCACAACUACGGCGGCUCGCACUCGAUAACGAUCUCGCACUCGACCUCUACCAGCUCGUCGCAGAGCCUGCAGCACAAGGUGAACCAGAAGACGACGUUGCGCUCGUCGAACAGCCCCGGCGGGCACGGCAGCGUCUCGCAGACCACCACCUCGAACAUCAACCACUCUUCGAGCAGCUCGGGCGGCGGGCAGCACAGCCACACGCACCACCACACGCAUCACCACGCCGACAGGCUGAGUCCCGGCAGCGCGAUGCUCAGGCACAAGGUCGUGCAGCAGGCGAAUCCGCACCAUCUGAUGAUACAGCCGCCCAAUAUGGGGCAUCAUCCCGGAGCCUUGGGACCUCCAAUGGGCAGCUCACUCGAAGCCCUAAGAGCCCACGCACACGCGGCCCAGCAGCAGCAGGCUGCGCAAGCGCAACAAGCCCAGCAACAACAAGCCCAAGCGCAACAGCAAGCUCACCAGCAAGCCCAGCAGCAGCAGCAACAACAGCAGGAGAGAAGCAUGCACCCGCCACCCACAUCGCCCAUGACGUCAUCGUCGCAACCGCUGCAACUUCAGCCCGUCAAACUGCCACCUAGCGACGAGAUCGUGAAGAUCGAGCCCGACCCGGAGCCCGUCCCGGAAGAGGAGGGACAAGUCAGCCCUCCGGGACCGCCCAGAGGGCCUUCUCCCGAACCCAGGAUAGAGGACAAUGAGUGUCACAGAAGUCAGUCCGCAAUAUUCCUUCGUCACUGGAACCGAGGCGACUACAACUCGUGCACGAGAACCGACCUAACCUUCAAACCGGUGCCCGACUCGAAGCUGGCGCGGAAACGCGAAGAGCGGCUGCGCAAGCAGGCGGAGCGGGAGCGCGAGGAACGCGAGAGGGCGCAGCAGGCGCAACAACAGCAGCAGCAGCAGCAACAAAGGAAGAUCGCGACGCCGGAGAAGCCCGAGCCGGGGACCAAACCCCCCUCCAGGGGGAUGGAGGCCGUGGGAGGACCCUACGACCGGUUUCCCAGGGCCGGUUUUGCGGACACGCCUGCUCUGAGACAGUUGUCCGAGUACGCGAGGCCUCACGCUGGUUUUAGUCCUGGUCAACACAUGCAACGGUCUCUUAUACCGCCCGGCCAUGUUAUGGACCCGAUGUUGCAAUACCAGCUCAACAUGUACGGUCCCGGCGCUAGGGAACGUCUGGAACUCGAGCAUUUGGAGCGCGAAAAACGGGAACGAGAAAUUCGCGAGCUGCGAGAGCGCGAAUUGAACGACAGAUUGAAGGAGGAGAUAAUGAAGAGCGGCAUCAGGGGCCCCGGGAAUCCCAUGGACCCUCACUGGAUAGAAAUGCAGCGGCGGUACGCCGCCGCCAGUCUGGCCGGCCCCGGAGGUCCCGGUGGUAUACCUUUACACUUUGCCUUGUACCCGGGAGCCGGCGGUAGCGCCCAACUCUCCCAAAUGGAACGCGAACGUUUGGAGAGGUUGGGAAUACCGCCGCCCCCGGGUGGCCCUGGGGGACCGCCCCCUGGCCACCCCCACCACCCUCACGCCGCCCAAUUAGAAGCGGAGCAGCGACUGGCCCUUGCGACGGACCCCAUGGUUCGACUGCAGAUGGCGGGCAUUUCGCCGGAAUACCACGCGCACACCCACGCGCAUACGCAUGCGCACACACACCUACACCUGCAUCCGCAGCAGCAGGCGCAAGCGCAGCAGGAAGCUGCAGCUGCCGCAGCUGGAUUCCCGCUGCCAGCGUCCGGAGGUCCUGGGUAUCCUAGACCGGGCAUGAUGCCAAGCAGGGACGGACCCAUGGGGCUCCAUCAUCCUGACCUUUUGGGUAGGCCCUACGCUGACCAAUUGGCGCAUCAAGCUGCAGCACAUGAACAAUUACAAAGACAGAUGCUUUUGGAGAGAGACAGAUUUUCACAUCCCUCUAUAGUCGCGCAACAUGAAGAAUACCUCAGAAAAAUGGAUGUCUACUUUAGACGCCGAUAACAUCUUGCCAUAUAGUAUUCUAGCAACAAAGAGAACGUGAACUUAAAGUUCGAGCUUUAGAAGAAGCCGCCAGAGGGUCUAGGCAAUAAAAAUCGUUCUUCAAAGGUCUGAACUCAAAAACAUUGUAUAAUUAAAUAAAAAUAAAAUAUGUAAUAAUAAUUAUUUAUAAUAUUUAAUGAUAAUGAAAAAAGUAUAUCAAUACAGAAAAGC